AAGUUUGGAUUCAUACAUUGUAAAACUCAAAGGCAAAUGUCUCUCGUGGUGUUAUCAAAUAGCGAUAAUUUACCACCACUGCUAUCUCAGACUGAUGGCUUAAGUGGUUAACUCGAAAGUGAUGGGAUAUGAAUGUGACAAAGUAGCUGAUUAUAAAAAUGUAUCUAAAACGUUCACGUCCAUGUAGCCUCAUAUUGCAUAUUAUAUGGUAAUUAGGCCCUAGCAGUGUGUUUGUAAACAAGGCUGGAGAAAGAAAUAGGUCCUUUAUUAAAUGUAUUAUUAUUCUUUAUUUUUUUUAAAGGUUGUGGCUGCACUUCCCUUCUCAACACACUAACACAAUGUCAGGAACUAGUCACUCUAAACUGUGAGCCAUUUGUCCAGACCCAUUUCCACACGUGAUCUAGUCACUUUGAUUAUCAGAACGUUCCAGUGGACUUCUGGUAAGGAUGCUUUGGUGAAAAUGUGUUGGAUCACGUCCAACUACAUCACUAUUUUCUAAUGGGAAGAUAUAAUUAUGUGCUUUCCCGAUCAGUGUCGUGGCUCCUUUUUUCCUCAUUGUUAUCCUUUUUCUUCUCCUUCUUUCUAGGCCUACAGUACACUUUCAGGGGAUGACGGAAGGGUUGUGUCCCAAAUGGCACCCUACAACUUUUUUUUCAUCAUUUUUACAGGAUGGAUGGAAUACAUUGACCAAUGUGUAUUAUAAAUAUAUCAUGACCUUCACUGGAUUAUUUGGGUCAAACAUAUCUCACAGUGAUCCUGGAGAAACUAGAUGCCUUAUCUCAAGAACGGUAUCUGGCCAGUUUUGACACUAAAGCUUUUUAACGACACACAGUUCAAGCCACAGUUCAACACAUUGAUUGAAACUGUCUCUAUGUUCUAUUCUCUAAGCAGAUAGCUUCUCGGGGCUUGAUCUAAAAUAAGUUUACAUAUUCUUGACCAUAUCAUGAUUUUCACUCUCAGGUCACAGGUCAAAAAUGUGUGUUUAUAGUUUCUCAUUGUUGCAUCAUUCACACCAGACCAGUCUGAAGGGAGGCAAUUAAGCCUAAUGACACUCUGCACCUCCCUGGGACUAACCCUUCAAUUGGUGUAACGAGAGACGAGACGGCGACCAAGGGCUACCUCUGUGGUUGUUUCAGCCUCUCUGGUCUCACAGGUAGGUGUUUCUAAAUAGUUUUCAAGGGAAUUGAGAGAUGCAGUGGACUAAUGACCUGUUCUCUGAAGACUGACAGACAAAUUCAGUAAACAUGUUUUCUUUCUCAAUUGACCAACUUCUACAUACUAUACCCUAAGACAUGAGGUUAAUGGACAGGCAUUCAAGUCAUCUACUUAGCAUCCCAAUGUCUUUGGGGUUUUAUGUGUUAUACACUUUGUUAUAUCUCAAACACACAAUAUUACAUAUCAUUGUUUACCAUCCCUUGAAGAUAUAACCAUAGAAAUAGGGUGGCAGAAUGUUACCGAUUUUGAACCACUGAAACCCCAAAGGAGUUGUCUUUGUAAUGACAGAAAGGUUCAGCAAGACUAAAACAAGUGGCCUUCUGUCAAGUUUCAGGUAUAAGGGUAUUGUGUUUCAGUCAUCCCUAACCCAAUAUAAGUCAGGCCUGUGUACUACAGAUGUAGGAUCUUAAAACUAUAAAAGUUUGGGCCUCCCGAGUGGCACAGUCGUCUAAGGCAGUGCUAGCUGUGCCACUAGAGAUCCUGGUUUGAGUCCAGCUGGUCGCAGCCGGAGACCCAUAGUGUGGCGCACAAUUGGCUCAGCGUUGUCCAGGUUAGGGGAGGGUUUGGCUGGCAGGAAUGUUCUUGUCCCAUUGUGCACUAGCGACUCCUGUGGCGGGCCGGGUGCAAUGCAUGCUGACAUGGUCGCCAGGUGUACGGGGUCUCCUCCGACACAUUGUGUCAAGAAGCAGUGCGGCUUGGCUUGGUUGUGUUUUGGAGGAUGCACGGCUCUCGACCUUCGCCUCUUCCGAGUCCGUACGGGAGUUACAGCGUUGGGACAAGGCUUUAACUACCAAUUGGAUACCACGAAAUUGGGGAGAAUUGCUGUUUUGGUGGGUUGUAAGCGAAGAUAUGAAAAUGUUUUAUGAUGGUCAUACCAUAUUUGAUUUGGAAUUUUAGGACCCCUUUAGGUAUAUUAAUAAAAAAAAUAUUGACAAACUAUUUCAUACUUUAGCCCAAAGAAACACAAUGAAUAACAUUCAUGAAUGGCAAAAAAUACAGUAAAAAAAAUAUAAUCACAAGGAAUAAGAUUUUAAAGUUGUCUGUCCCAUAUCUAGGAGAUAUAAGACAGCUCAGGAAACGUGUUUUUUUCUUUUUGGCACAAAACUACCUCCAUACUUUCUUUAAUUUGUAUGGGUUACAUUCAGAUGAGUCUGUGACACUUAUGAGCAAAACAGAGAACUAGUGAGAGUCAUCUUUCCAAAGUGGUGUCAUAUUAGUUUGUAGCUCAAACGGUACAGACAGAAGUUGGCACAUCAGCAUUAUCAUCCCGUGACACUUGUGGGGACAUUCAUAGAUAGACGUUUUACUAAUCGGUACCACCUCAACAUUUUCGGGGACUGUGAUGCCCCUGGCUGGAUCGGUUGUGUCAAUCAAGACGUAAGCUGACAUGAGGCCUGUAAACAGUCUGCUGAUAGAUGAUACGGACCACUUCAAUAUGAACUUUAUGAAGGUUAUAGUACUUUGUACAAAGACCCAUUUUUAUACGCUCCGACAAUAUUUUACAGUGAAUUUUGCAAUUGAAAUGUUUUCAUUACAUACCUUUUUAUCAUUAAUUCAUGCAAAAACUGGCUACUACUAGUCUAGCCCUUCUCUGAUUCACUUCCUGGAGCUGAGCAGUGGUAAAAGAAAUUGCACAGAUUUGAGCUAAACUUUGCUGAAAUCUAUGCAUUUUGUGGAAAGCCUUUAGAGACAAAGAAAAAUGUACCCUUGUGGUCCAAUUACUAAAUAGGAAUUUGGCCAUGCUCCAAACAAGGUCUGUUCAAAAUGUAGCCCAAAAAAACUUGAACUUGAACAACAUUAACUUGAAAAUAUAAAAAUUUGCACAGAUGUGAGCUAAACUUUGCUGAGAUCUUUGCAUUUUGUGGGAAGUGUGAAUAUGAACUUCAACAAUAUUACCUUGCUACAUAAACAAAAUCCUAUUCUAUCUCAUACCUCAUCUCAUAGUCAGUCCUUUAGACAUGGUCUCAUUAGGAAGGUAACCUCCAGAGUGAGCAGUGUGUGUCUGAGGGGUUCACCUGUCUGUCACUCCAUACAUCUCACAUGUUGCUAUGGCAGUUGAGAUACUCAGAUACUGCCCCAUAAAGGAGUGGUGCGGAGAGUGGAGAAGUGUCAUACCUACUGUAGGUAUGAUCUGGUCUGCUCAGGUGAAGGUGAUCUGCUCUGGACCUCACAAGAGAGAUACAGAGACCAUACAAAUACACAGACCAUACCAAUGAUCAUCUUCAAGGAGAACCUACUUUGAAUACUUUGAAAAUACUUACUCUGUUUUGAUUAAUCAUCUAACUAAUUCAGUUAAAUAUUGUUUAGGAUUACUCUCUAACUUUGAGUUAAAUUAAGUGAAGAUCUGUGAAGAUCAUUAAAACAUGUAUAUAUAAUGCUUCAUGCUCACCAGAAUGUGAUACAGGUUGAAUACUGGUCUGUGUGCUCACUGCAUUGUAAUGUAGGUGGCUGCUGAAGCUGGGUGGUUUUGGGUUGACUUGUUUGACAUCUGAAUACCAACAACAUUGUUUGAAGGAGAGCUGUCAUCGUUGAGAGGCUGACAGACUGCUGUAUGGGUGGCAGUUACUGUUAAAAUGUAAUCAAAUGGUUUUUUAAAUAGACCAACCAACAAAACUUGGAUAAACUGAACAUUCUCAGGUCCUGUGUACACUAGCCAUGUGUGCCUGCUGUCAAUGACAAUGGAGUUCAACUCCUCCCAGCAGAUAGUGUUUGUGUUGCAUGGACUGAACGUGACACAGAUAAACAAACACAUCUACUUCUCAUUUACUCUCAUCCUAUACAUCUUCACCAUUUUUGUGAAUCUGAUACUGAUCGUUACCAUUUUUCUGGAGAAAAUGUUGCAUGAACCUAUGUAUUUAUUUCUCUGUAAUCUGUGUAUUAAUGGUAUCUAUGGUGCUUCAGCUUUCUACCCAAAGAUACUUUAUGACCUUUUAUUUGACUCUCAUGUGAUAACAUACCCUGGGUGCAUGACCCAGAUAUUGGUAAUCUACUCCUUUGCUUUCUGUGAAUUCACCAGCUUGACAGUGAUGGCAUAUGACAGGUAUGUUGCCAUCUGUAAACCGUUACAAUACCACUCUAUCAUGACUACUCGAAAAGUGUGGACACUGCUUCUUCUUACAUGGCUUUUCUCAUGGCUAGAAAGUAGCAUUGGGAUGGGACUAACAGCUAGGUUACCCCUCUGUGGCGUCGACAUCGAUAAACUCUACUGCUCAAACUGGGCGGUCGUGAAGCUCUCAUGCGUUGACACCACUCUGAACAACCUCUACGGCUUCAUUCUCACGUUUUCUCAUGUUUCUCAAACAAUACUCAUCCUGAUAUCCUACAUGAACAUCAUCAAAGCGUCCUUGCGUUCCCGUGUGCAGAGGAAGAAGUUCAUGCAGACCUGUCUGCCUCAUCUGAUCACCCUCACUAACUUCACCAUAUCCCUCACCUUCGAUGUGAUGUACGCUCGCUACGGCAGCAACACCAGCCUGCUGGCCCUGAGGAAUAUCAUGGCGGUGGAGUUCCUUGUUGUGCCUCCUCUGGUGAACCCUAUCAUAUACGGGAUGAAACUCACUCAGAUUCGGAAUAGAGUUGCACAGAUGUUCAACCGGAAAGUUGCUGCCCUAAUCUAAAUGUAUUGUGGUGAUGCGCUUGUGUGUAUCAACAUAUCUUUCUUGUUGAUCUAUAAAGCUAUAUUGACCAUUUUCAUUUGUAAUUUUUCAUGGACAUAAAGAAGGAAAAGGUGCAAAUCUUGCUCACAAUUAAAUUCUUGGUGCUUUAUUUGAUCUAAAUAUUAAAAAUAAUGAUG